AUGAUUUACGACAAUACUGCCGACACAUCACCGCCGGAGGAUCAUAUCAAAUCCUACGCACUCUCAAAGGAUCAAGAACCGAUUCCAGCAUCACCAAAUUUUGGCAUCGACUCGCCCCUGGGUCUGCUAGCCUCCAACAUCUUGGCGCCUCUCUACCUCUAUGCGACUUUGAAAGGCAAGCAUCAAGUAUGGGCAGAGAUACUUGAUGCCCUUCCAGACGACCUCUUCAAGCAGCCGACUCUCGAUGUGGGCUGCGGUCGAGGAAUGGUUCUACUCAAGGUUGCUCAGCGGAAAAAGAAGAUCACAGAGUCAUCAACAGCACCCGGGGUGAGCGUUGAACAAGCUUACGGCAUUGAUAUAUUCAACACCGGCGAUCAGUCUGGCAAUUCACCGCUUGCUACAUACAAGAAUGCCGCCGCUAUGGGGGUUGUCGACCAGACUGUUCUCCAUACCGCCAGCUUCACCGAGAGACUUCCCUUCGCCGACAACACGUUCUCUCUCGUCACCUCCAGCCUGGCUAUUCACAACGUAGAUGGUGUUGGAAGGGCCAAUGCAAUGAAGGAAAUCAUGCGAGUCUGCCUACCGGGGGCCACGGUCGUGAUAAUAGAUCUGCAGGGAUACGUCAAGGCGCACGAAAAGCUGGCUCGAGAGCACGGGUGGGAAGCGGUGGAAGUCCAGCAGGUGGGGAUGCGGAUGCAGUUUGGACUGCUUCCGUGUCAAGUUCUCAGGGCAACGAAGCCAUGA